AUGCUGGGAUUGCUCACCACCUGCCGGAGAGCGAGCAUCUGGAACGCGUUCUUGGACCUGCCCGAGUACGGGCCCAUCGACCCCAGCCGCGAGGAGAACAACGCCUUCCUCCGGAAGUUCUUCGGGGAGUUCCAUGCCACGUUCCCGGACGGGUUUCUGCAUCUCGGGGUAACGAAGUGGAUUUCCUCUGCUGAAUUUUUGGGUGGUUGGACGAGUACACGAGUACUCAUCCUCGCCAGCACUCAAGAGUACCAAAUUGACAUACUGUUUCCUCCUCCCGUACCAGAACCUCGGGAGGAGGAGUAG